AUGGGGUCGCUAAUGGCCUCCGCCACACUCAGUCUUGUAUUGGCAAUUGUGUCUCUAACCUUCCCAUCUCAAAUCUCAGCUGACCACUACAUCUACUCGUCACCUCCACCACCUGUCUCUCCUCCAUACCACUAUUCUUCACCACCUCCUCCACCAAAGAACCCAUAUUAUUAUCACUCUCCUCCACCACCUUCACCUCCUCCUCCUACGCCAUAUUACUAUCACUCUCCUCCUCCACCUUCACCUCCUCCACCCAAGCCAUACUACUAUCACUCACCACCACCACCUCCCAAAAAGAAGCCAUACUAUUAUCACUCUCCUCCACCACCUUCACCUCCCCCACCAAAACCAUACUAUUAUCAUUCUCCACCUCCACCACCUAAGAAGCCAUACUACUACCAUUCUCCUCCACCACCUCCACCAAAACCAUACUACUACCACUCACCCCCACCACCUUCACCUCCUCCACCUAAGCCAUACUACUACCAUUCUCCCCCACCCCCACCCAAGAAGCCAUACUACUACCAUUCCCCCCCACCCCCACCCAAGAAGCCAUACUACUAUCACUCACCGCCUCCACCUUCACCUCCUCCACCAAAACCAUACUACUACCACUCUCCACCACCACCUUCACCUCCUCCUCCAAAGCCAUACUACUACCAUUCUCCACCUCCUCCUAAGAAGCCCUACAAAUAUCCAUCUCCCCCACCUCCAGUGAACCCUUACCCUCACCCCUAUCCCCACCCUCCACCCCAACCCCACCCCAACCCUUACCCUCACCCUCAUCCUCAUCCUCAUCCUCACCCUCACCCUCACCCUCACCCUCCUUACGUUUACCACUCCCCUCCCCCACCCCCUAAGAAGCCAUACAAGUACCCAUCCCCUCCACCUCCAGUACACCCUUACCCUCACCCUCACCCUCACCCACACCCACAUCCCCAUCCAUACCCUCACCCUCACCCUCCCUACGUUUACCACUCCCCUCCACCACCACCUAAGAAGCCUUACAAGUACCCAUCGCCUCCACCUCCUGUCCACCCCAAACCCCACCCAUACCCCCACCCCCACCCUCUUCCCACCCCACCCUCUUCCCCACCCUCACCCCACCCUCUUCCCCACCCUCUUCCUCAUCCUCCUUACAUUCCCCACCCAAUCUAUCACUCUCCUCCACCACCACCUUACAAGAAGCCUUACAAGUACAAGUCCCCUCCUCCACCACCUCCACACUACAUCUAUGCAUCACCUCCCCCUCCUUACCACUCUUCGAAAGUGGUCAAUUAG